AUGUAUAGUUUUUAUAUUCUACCAUCAUAUAUGGUCAAUUUAGCUUCGACAAUUCUUCGAUGGUCGCUAGGAAUUGUUUUUUGGGGAGUCAUUUCAUUUUUUGCAAGACGAUGCGGCCUUAUUCGCUUCUCUGCUCUACUUCAAGUAAAGCCCACCAUGGCUCUCUGGGGAUUAUUUCGUGUCGAGGAUGCAAUAGGCUGGCAUGACUCGGCAAGAUCCCGAUACUUUACUUUUCCGUUAAUUUUGCUGCUCUUUGGACUUUUUUUAGUCUCGCAAGUAUCCGAAGUGUUUUUGCUGGCAUUUGUUUCGAGAGGACAGGGAUUUGCUCCCAGUAAUUUGACACCAAGUUUGACUCAUUCAAUCGCUUCGAUUGGGAUAAAUUUGACAUACUACGAUUUUGGUGGACUGGCAGAAUAUUUACCCUGUAAUGACACGACAAACUGGUGGGAUACAGAUUACAGAUUGAUGGUGGCUUCACUUGCAGGCAUUCCCAAAUCGCCUGUAUCCAUUCCAUCUGCUAAUAUCCAAAUCAAAUCCACCAACACCUUGCAAACAUCGUUUCUCGACGUGCCUCUCCAAGAAUCUGAUAUUAGUAGCAUGGCAAACUCAAUUCUUACUACCACAGAGCUCAUGACUUCAAUUCCAUUGAGUUUAAAUAUUGCUGAUCCAAUUUACACAAAUGCUAGAAUAUUUUUCCCUGUAACGGAUGCUGUUGGACAUAUAGUAUACAAUCGAUCGCAUGUGAUGCAACAAAUCAUCUGGCCAGAUGAACCACCUUUGGGAAUGUACUGGCAAGCAGAGGUUCAGCUCACAUUGAAUUCAGGGUAUACGUUACAUCCACAAACAGGAAUGAAAGGAUAUCCCGAAAUGAACAUGACAUGGUUAGAUGCGAUUUUUCCAUUUGCAACACAACUUCCAGCCAACCAAAGUAUUCAGGUGGAUCAGGGAUCAACAAAUGUUUUUGCUUUUGGAGAUUACAUGUGUUUAACGGGAAACACUGCUGCUGGAGAUUCAGCUGGAAUAGUGAUUAUGCCUCGUGUGAUGGAUCGUGUUUUAGGCACCACAUCCGGAUUACAGUAUAUUGUGAUCAACUCCAAUGGAACUUCUGUGGCUUAUCCACAUCUAUAUUUAUCUCAAUCUGUCGUAUUAAACCAAGUCAUGCGAUGUCGAGCAUAUGCUAACCCCACACUUGGAUCUCCAUUCAGAUGGUGGUUGGCGUCAUGUACAGAAACAUCUACAGAAUGCGGCACUCCAAUCUUUCAAGGCACGAUUGAUCCAGUUCAACUCCAACCUGUCGGGAUCAUGGAUUUUCAAACUACAGUCAUCAACACACGACAGUGUGAUACGGCUUGCUUGGAGCGUAAUACGCCAACCAUUUCUAAACAGCCGCAAUAUACACUGCCAUCCACAUUAAACACGAUUCUAGUCUCUUUUUACAUUCCGUAUGAAUCCACUGUCGCGUGGGUAGCUCAAUCCAAUGUAUUACAUUUUGAAAGCAGUCAAUGCUUUCCUGGCGUAUGCACUCAGAGCGGGUUAUGUUCCGGUUGGCUAUUUCCCUUAUGGUUACUGGCCUCAAUCCUGGGUGUUGUGGUGGCGGCUGCAUUGAUACUGGCAUGGGUGGAAGAUUUAUCAAGAGUAGUUCUGCAUGGGUUUUUGCAGACUACUGGAGCAUACGGGUACGGAUUGCAUGAAGGGAAAGGAGUCUUUCGAUCCGAUACAUUGUGCUAUUUGCAUACAAUGCAUCGAGAGGCUUUUGUUGGGGUUAGAUCGUGGGAUACUCUUUAUGAACAAUCGCGGUUUAUGGCAGAUCCAAAUGAGCGCAUGGUUCGAGGUAGAGAAACAGUUAAAGUGUCGAGUUUAGGCGCUGGUCGUAAACUUGCUAAACUCAAAAACUUGCAUUUGGAGUAA